AUGGCUGCGACCACCGCGGCAGAACCCCGUGUUCCCGAAGAUGAUGAUGACCUUGAGCAGGCCAGCCCUCCAGAGGGAGGGAGCGUCACGGGCGGAGACCCGUGGCUGGGCAAUCGACUCGGAGGUGCCGGCACUUCCAGCCCUGAUGCACAAGCUGAAUAUAGAGAGUUUCUUCAGCACCUGCAGCGCCGGACAAGGAAUGGCCGGAGAGUCCGGCACGACGACUCCGAUGAUGGCGGCGAACCGGAUGAUCGCAGUAAUGCUGGACCACCACCUUCCUGGGAUGGCACGACCAGUUUCCGCGACUAUCUGCACCUCUGGCUUGCUACAACGAAGGUGAAACCCCGAGCCCGGGGUCCUCUCCUCCUGAAGAACCUCAGCUCGACUCCGUUCGACGACCUGAAGCACUUGGCCCGGGACGACGCCUGGAUGGACAACCCCCAGAAUGGGAAGCUUCUCCUCCAGAUGAUGGAUACCAAGGAGCUUUACGGCGAGGACGAGCGCGAAGAAAUGCUGCACAGCCUCGUAACCGUCACUUAUACUUUGAGGCGGGGCAAAAACGAGCCGCACAAAGCCUUUUUCUCCCGCUGGGAGAAUGCGGUUCGCAAGCUGCAGGAGCAUUCUGUCGAGCUGCCAAAGGAAUAUCUUGGAUUCCUCCUCACUAUGGCUUUGCAGUUGUCUUCGGAGGAAGUGAAACUCCUGAUGAACUACACGCAAGGCCGACUUGGCCAGAAGGACGUCAAGGAGUGGGUGAGGAUCCAUGAGACGGACCUGGACCUCAAGAACAAGGCCAGUGACAACAACAAGAAGAAGACCGAGGCCGUGCACUACGUGGAGGGCGAGGGCUCUGAGCUCGGCGACCUGGGCGACGGCGAGCCGAACGGCACGAACGACUACGAGGAGGGUGUCUUUGACGAGGGCGAAGCGCGGGAAGUGCUCGCGACAAUGAUCAAGGAACACUCCAAGCGAAGGACGUUCUCCGCAGUCAACACGGCAAAGAAGGCGAAGAGCCUGGCACGUGGUUUCGGCUCAGCAGCUCGUGCACAGCCUUUCGGACAGCGAGGUCGUGGAGGUCCACUUGACAAGGUUGCUGGUGGCACCUACAAGGUGUUCAUCGAGGCGUUGAAGAGACGGACGAAGUGCUCCAAGUGCGGCCAGGUUGGGCACUGGCACCGUGAGUGCCCAAGCAAGGGCUCAGCCACCUCGGUUUCUUCAAGCGCCUCGAGCCAGCACGGGGUCAACUUUUUGGAGCUUGGCGCCAAUGAGGUUCACUUUCUCGGCUUUGAGGAGUUCCAGGCCAUGAAGCAGGCCGUCCUGAGCGCCGAUCGUCAUGCCGAGGUGAGUUCUAGCCGCGUAGGUGCAGACUCCGGAUCCUCAGCCAGGUUCCUUGCAGAGUUCCCUGAAGACAUGCGUGCGGUCUAUCGCCCAGAACACCACAGCUUCAAGUCCAUUAAUGGGGUGACCUCCACAGACAAGGAAGGUUUUUGGAUGGACCUCAAGCGGUUCAAUCACCGAGUGCCUUUGCUGAUCGGCACAGAAUUCUGUGCAGAGUUUCGUCGUCAAGCCGAGCAAGACGGUGAUCAUGACCAUAUGGCCGCAGACCUCAUCCGCAUCGGUGAUCAAGGCGCUGUUAGAGCCAUGAAGAUGAGGCUGCUCCUGAACGGGUACGGCAUGCAACUCCUGAAGAAGAUCUCACCAUUAGUGGUGACCUUCCGAUGGAUGAACAAGCCCCACCUAGACGUGAUCUACAACCUCUUCCUAUGCCUGAACGUAGAGUACGUAGGAAACAGCAUCCUGGUGAACCUCAUAUCGACCGUGAGGGUGAUCCUGACAGCCGGUGAAAGCAUGGCUGUGGAGCCACCUGGAAAGAGAUCGAGGGUUCAACUUCUAGAAGUUUACCAUCUUCAUCUCCAGGCCUUGGCAAAGCAACGGGCCAAGAAAGAAGCGAGAGCUAGUGAUUUUCAGGGUCGUGAUGCCAUCAAGCUCCAGAACGCUAUCCUCAAGGAGAUCAACAACAACCUUCGUACCAAAGCAUACAAACUUCUAAGUCCUGAAGAAUCUCGGCAAAUACGUCUUGAGAAGCCUGAAAAGAUUAUGGAGUCCCGCUAUGUCCUCACCAAGAAGCCCCUAGAGACAUGUGAAAUUCCUACGGCCAGGAUGGAGGGUGUCUUGCUGGAAGACACAACCGCCGGUACUUGCAAGGCCAAGGCCCGGCACGUCAUGAAGGGCUACUCUGAAGAAUCCGCGUUGGACGUAGAGUUCACUACUCCUCAGGUCAACAGGGAGGGCAUUCCUGGCGCUCGUCCAGAGCAACUUCUUAAACUCCUCAAGACCUGCUAUGGCUUGACAGACGGGCCGUAUGCAUGGUACCAGCACCUAGCUCGUAGGCUGCAAGAAGAUUUCGGGUAUCGACCCAGCCAGGCAGACCCUUGCGUCUUCAUGCUCCACAAUCACGACUGCGAGGAAGGCCCUCGCCUCGAGGGCAUCAUGGGAGUGGCGACCGAUGACCUGGUCCAUGGUGGCAGCGAAAGGCACUGGGCCGCUGUGGCACAGAUCGCCAAAGAGUACAAGCUGGGCAAGAACCAAACUGGUGAAGGGCGGUUCACCGGCAAGCAGGUCAAGCUGGAGACCGACGGCUCCAUCACCGUGAACCAGGAGUUCUAUGUGAAGGAGAAGGUUCAUGAUAUUCCCUUGACGCGGAAGAGGAAGCAGCAGCGCUUCUCUCGCUGCACGGCCCAGGAAACCGAGCAACUUCGAAGCUCCCUGGGCGCGUUGUCAUGGCUGGCAAAGGAGACUCGAUGUGACCUUGCUGGACGGGUUUCUCUGCUGCAGCAGGCCUUCCCGGACCCGAAGGUUAGUGACUUGAUCGAGGCCAACAAGAUCGCUUCAGAAGCCCGGAAGUUCGCCCAUCUUGGGAUUCGGGUCAUGCCAAUCCCGUGGCAAGACCUACGCAUCUCUGUGGUGACAGACGCUGCCUGGGGCAAUGCCAAAGAGACUCCCUGGAUUGAAGACAGUCCGGAAGACUACUGGCAAGAACUGCCAGAUCGCUGGAUCAGGCACCAUGUCCAAUCUCGUCGGACGACCUUCCACCCUGGUGCAGCUCCGGAUGGCCCCGACCUCCACGAGAUCGAGUCUCGCCGGGUCAUCGACAAGUACACUUCGACCGAGAAUGCCAUGGACCACGAGCAGUUGGAGGAUGAGUGGAGCGAUCAAAACGGCAUUCGAGCUCUUCAAGAAGAACCCUGGACUGGUCAAAGCAUCUUCUUCAAGCAGGACGCCAAAGAGGCUAAGCCAAAGAAGAUCCACAGCAGCCUUGUACAGCUCCAAAACCUGUCGAGUCAAGGAGGGCAGAUCAUCAUCUACCAUCACAAGUCCCUCUCAGAGACGGAGCAGCCGGCUAUGACCACCGUAGCCGCCUGGAAGAGCUACCGUUUGAAACGGAAGACCGUGGACACUCUUGCAGCUGAAGGUCAAGCUCUUCAAGCCGGCUUGGGUUCAGUUCACUGGCACCGGCUUCUUUUUCUGGAGGCCUUCUACGGCAUGCUUUCCGCGAGUGAUUGGAGGGCUGCAGCACGUAGGAUACCUUUCCUUGCGGCAGUGGAUUCUAAAUCCCUUUUUGAUGCAGUGAAUAAGUGUGCAAGCGCCACUACUUAUGUUUCCGAUAAGCGGACUGCAAUCGAUCUGUCAGUUAUCAAGACAGAUUUGAGUGAGACAUCUGGUAAAAUCAGAUGGAUCGACACACGAGCAAUGAUUUCCGAUCCUCUGACCAAGCCGCAUCCCGGGGCAUACCUGAGGUAUGUCAUUGAACAGGGGAAGUGGUCAAUUAUGGAGGAAGGGCAUGCCCUGCAAGCUAAAGCGCUAGAGCGCCAGCUUAAGCAGCCAUGCGAGAAUUUGUUUCUUACUGUUUGGGAAAUUGAAGUUUGA